AUGUUACCUAUUAUUGCCAUAUUACUGCUUUCAGAAUUAGCCAGGAAGGUUCAACCUCUUAAGUGCACUGGAGAGGAAGCCCUUAAAAUUCCACAGGAAUGGUACCAGGAUGGAGAACUUCUCGUUGGUGGAUUGAUGUCCCACAUUCAUUACUUGUUCCCCGAAAUUAGUUUCAAGAGACAUCCUUUUGAGGAAUCCGUUGACCUCCCAUUUGUGAUAACCAAGUUCUAUCAACACAUCUUGGCUUUAGUGUUUGCGGUGAACGAGAUCAACAAGGAUCCUCACAUCUUGCUCAACAUCACUCUUGGAUUCCACAUCUAUGACAGCUACUCUGAUGCAUUAAUGACCUAUCGUACCACUCUGGACCUGCUUUUCAAGUUGCAUAAAAUUGUACCCAACUAUAUUUGCGGCGCUAUAAAUAAAAUUGUGGGAAUCGUCGGAGGGAUGAGCCCUGAAACAUCCAUACGCAUGGCAGAAAUUUUGCAGCUUUUCAAGAUCCCACAGAUUUCAUAUGGUUCAUUUGAAUCGGCAGCGGCUGAUGAAUCACGUGUCCCCCUUUUCUAUCGCAUGGCCCCCGAUGAAUCGCUCCAGUACGAAGGUUUAAUCCAGCUCCUCCUGUACUUUGGAUGGAAAUGGGUAGGACUGGUCAUUGUAGAUGACAAGCACGGGGAACAUUUCAUACAAACUCUGGAACCCAUGCUCUCUCAUAAUGAAAUCUGCUCCGAGUUCACCGAGAGAGUUGACAGAAACUUCCAUUUUUACGAAAUCUUUGAAAUGGUAGAACGGACGGAAACGUCCGCCUGGAAAGUGUGGGUCGCGAUGGCCCAAAACGAUUUCACACUACAUUCCUUACAAAGAUCUGUCGAUAUGCAAUUAUUCCACGGGGCCAUUUCCUUCUCAAUUAGCAAAAAAGAUCUUCCAGGUUUCCAACAAUACAUACAGGGUGUCGCCCCUUCCGGGGCAAGUGAAGAUGGAUUUAUUAAAGAUGUCUGGAAGCAAGCUUUUGGCUGUUCAGUAUCAAAUAAUGUUUCUCAAGAUGAUGAAUGUACUGGGGGAGAAAGACUGGAUGAUCUUCCUGCCCCCUUCUUUGAAACCAGCCUGCUUAGCCACAGUUACAGUAUCUACAAUGCCGUCUAUGCUUUGGCUCAAGCCUUACAUGCUGCUCGCAAAGUUAGGACCCGUCAGAACGUACGAAAGGGCAGGAAUCAACUGCGAUCAAAGGCGAUAGAAGCUUGGCAGAGAAUUUCCUUCAAUAACAACGCUGGAGAUGAAAUUAAAUUAAAUGAAGAUGGAGUACUGCAAGCUGGAUUUGACAUUGUAAACCUGGUCACUUUCCCAAAUAACUCUUAUAUCAACAUCCCAGUUGGAGAAAUAGAUCCACAAGCUCCUCCAGGAAAAUUCUUCCUCAUUCAUCAAGACAAAAUCCAGUGGCAUCAUGGAUUCACUCAGCUACCACCUUUCUCGUUAUGUAAUGAGCCAUGUCCUCUUGGAAAAAGAAAGAACAAAAUCGAAGGGAGGAAAUUUUGCUGCUACUCUUGUGCUCGGUGUCCAGAAAAGAUGAUAUCCAGACAAAUGGAUACGGAGAAUUGUGACAGAUGUCCGGAGGAUCAAUUUCCAAACACAGCUCAUGAUGAAUGCAUUCCAAAGACAAUGAAUUUCCUCUCCUUUGAAGAGCCACUGAGCAUUACUCUGGUCUCCCUGUCUCUUCUCUUUUCCUUCUCCACAGUUCUUGUGCUUGCCAUCUUCAUCAAGCAAUGGGACACCCCCAUUGUCAAAGCCAACAAUCGUAAUGUCACUUACCUUCUACUUGUCUCUCUAUUUCUCUGUUUCCUCUGCUCCUUUAUGUUCAUUGGACAGCCCAAUAAGGUGACCUGUGUCCUCCGACAAACAACAUUUGGCAUUAUCUUCUCUGUUGCAAUCUCUUCUAUAUUGGCCAAAACCAUCACAGUUGUUGUAGCAUUCCUAGCCUCAAAGCCAGGAAGUCUUUUCCACAAAUGGGUGGGGCAAAAGUUGGCCUAUUCUAUUAUCUGGUUCUGCUCCUUCAUUCAACUAGGUAUUUGUAUCGUUUGGCUGAGUACAUCUCCUCCAUUUCCAGAUUUGGAUAUGAAAACACUCCAUGGAGAAAUCAUAGUCGAAUGUAAUGAAGGCUCCAUCAUCAUGUUUUACUGUGUCUUGGGCUACAUGGGCCUCUUGGCUCUUCUCAGCUUCACUGUGGCCUUUCUGGCCAGGAAGCUACCAGAUACUUUCAAUGAAGCCAAGUUCAUUACUUUCAGCAUGUUGGUUUUCUGCAGCGUUUGGUUGACCUUUGUCCCCACCUACCUGAGCACCAAAGGGAAGUACAUGGUGGCCGUGGAGAUCUUCUCUAUUCUGUCUUCCGGUGUUGGUUUACUGGGAUGCAUCUUCACCCCAAAAAUAUAUAUAAUUAUAUGGAGGCCUGAGCUAAACACUAGAGAGCAUUUAAUACACAAGAAAUGA